AUGAUCAAUUGCACCAGGGUUCCUGGGUUCAUUCUCCAGGGCUUCUCGGUCAUUCCUGAAGUGCAGACUUUCAGUGUGGCUAUCUUCCUUUUCAUCUAUAUAUUCUCUUUGCUUGGGAACAUCUCCAUCAUCACAGCAGUGACUCUAGAUUCUCAUCUACACACACCAAUGUACUUUUUCCUUAAGCAUCUGUCAUUCAUUGACUUGUGUUCCACCUCCACCACACUGCCCCAGGCACUCUUUGCCACCCUGGCUGGCUCAGAAUUCAUCUCUCUCCCAGAAUGUGCAGCUCAACUUUUUGUUUUUGUCUUCUGUGGAGCUACUGAGUGCUUUCUCAUCACUUCCAUGGCCUAUGACCGCUAUCUAGCCAUCUACCAGCCCCUGACCUAUGGGGCCACCGUGACCCAACAGUUCUGCUAUGCACUGGUGGGUGUGGCCUGGGUGAGUGGGCUCCUCUUCUCCUCCUUCCACACAGCCAACACCUUCACCCUCUCCUUCUGUGACCCCACGGUGGAACAUUUCUUCUGUGACAUCCCACCACUCUUACGAUUGUCAUGCACUGAUCCUCACAAACACGAAGCAGCUGGCUUUAUUGUUAGUGGCUGUGUCAUCAUGAGCUGCUUUGCACUUACUGUUCUCUCCUACAUCCGGAUCGUAGCCACUGUGGCCCAUAUGAAGUCAACAGAAGGUCGUCAGAAGGCCUUCUCCACCUGUUCCUCCCACCUCAUCACAGUAGUCCUCUUUUAUGGGACUGGAAGUUCAGCCUACAUGAGGCCUGCUAAUGGCUACUCCCCACUUCAAGGACGCCUGGCAGCCAUAUUUUACUCCAUCCUCACCCCUACCAUGAACCCCAUUAUCUAUAGUAUGAGGAACAAAGACAUGAAGGCAGCCCUAAGGAAGCUUUAUGUUCAUGGACCAUGA